UAGAGGUUCUUAUUCUUAGUUCUUAGCUCGGUCGACUCUUUAAUAACAUGAGUGUUCGUCUGUUUUGGAUUUGAUUGUGCAAACGAAUGCAAAAAUAUGGCAAGUUCGUCACGGCAUGCUACAAAUAAGGUUUGUUGUUAUGCACAUCCAGAUGCUCCACUUAUAGAAGACUACAGAGCAGGAGAUCAGAUUUGCUCAGAAUGUGGAUUGGUUGUUGGAGAUAGAGUGAUAGAUGUAGGUUCGGAAUGGAGAACAUUUAGCAAUGAAAAAUCAGGAGUAGAUCCAUCACGUGUUGGUGGUCCGGAAAAUCCACUUCUUAAUGGAGCAGACUUGUCUACAAUGAUUGGGCCAGGAACUGGUGCUGCUUCUUUCGACAGCUUCGGCACUGCUAAAUAUCAAAAUCGGCGUACGAUGAGCAGUUCUGACAGAGCACUGCUUAAUGCAAUUCGAGAGAUCAAUAAUAUGGCGGAUCGUAUCAAUUUGCCAAAAACUAUUGUAGAUAGAGCCAACACAUUGUUCAAGCAAGUACACGACGGCAAGAAUUUGAAAGGUCGCGCAAAUGAUGCAAUCGCUUCUGCGUGUUUAUAUAUCGCGUGCCGACAAGAGGGCGUGCCACGUACUUUCAAGGAAAUUUGCGCUGUUAGCAAGAUAAGCAAGAAAGAGAUCGGCCGAUGUUUCAAAUUGAUUCUGAAAGCUCUUGAAACCAGUGUGGAUCUAAUCACUACAGGAGACUUUAUGUCGAGAUUUUGUUCCAAUCUUGGUCUUCCAAAUAUGGUACAGAGAGCCGCUACGCAUAUUGCUAGGAAAGCAGUGGAAAUUGACAUUGUACCUGGAAGAUCACCCAUUUCAGUUGCUGCUGCGGCAAUUUAUAUGGCGUCACAAGCGUCAGAAGACAAAAGAUCUCAAAAGGAGAUUGGAGAUAUUGCUGGUGUUGCAGAUGUCACGAUCCGACAGUCAUAUAAAUUAAUGUAUCCGCACGCAAGCAAGCUUUUCCCUGAAGAUUUUAGAUUCGCUACACCGAUCGACCAGUUACCGCAAAUGUAAAGUUAAGAAAGUUAUAUUUUUUUGGUUUCAAAGAGUAUAUUUAAUUAUUUUAAAAGGAUGUAAUUUUUUGCCCCUGUCACAAAGAAUCAAGUAGGAAUAAUACAUUUAUUACACAGGAAACAUUCCCAAAAAUAACAAAACUCUCCUAAACAACAGUUCUCUUACCUUACUUUCUGUGAAUUAUCUUUUUCUUUUUUCUUUUAUUCCACUUUUUUUUUAUUUCACUUUCUACUGAUUUUCAAAAAGACAAUAGUUUAAAUGACGUGACGUUUAUUUUACGCUGCAUCUUUGCGUCAUUAUAAAAAAAGUCUCGUUUUAUACAACAUAUACUUUUAUGCUAUUCAGUUUUUUAGUUAUUUCUUUCUUUCUAGUAAUACUAAUUUGUAAUAUAAGAAAAGAGAUGUGUGUUUAAUAAUGUUACUAAGAAAGUUCAAGUAUCUGUUUUUCAACAACAUUAGAAAAGAAAACGUCUAUGUAAAAAAUGACUUUUAUAUUGAAAUGUACUAUGUAUGUAUACUUUCAAUUUGAUAUAUUGAAAUAGAAGUAAAAUACAAAUAUACAAAUAUCGUCUAUAAAAGGUGUAAAGUACAAAAUUGAUAAAUAUAUAUGCUCACGCUGAACACUAAAUUUUCUAUGUACACAUAUAAGAUCUUUACAUUUUUAUAAAAUUCAGAGCUCGUUUUAUACUUACAUGCAACACAAAAACAACAACAAAUAAAUCUAUUACAUUUGAGAAGUAUUGUAUAUAUAAAAAAAAGAGGAUGUAUAAA